AUGGCCGCCUCUGGGUCGGAGAAGAGCAGCAAGAAGAAGACGGAGAAGAAGCUCGCGGCCCGCGAGGAAGCGAAGCUGCUGGCGAGCUUUAUGGGUGUGAUGAACACCAUGCGCAAGCAGAAAACUCUAUGUGAUGUCAUUCUUACGGUUCAAGACAGAAAGAUCCCAGCUCACCGUGUUGUACUUGCUUCAGCCAGUCAUUUUUUUAACUUGAUGUUUACUACAAAUAUGCUUGAAUCAAAAUCCUUUGAAGUGGAGCUAAAAGAUGCAGAACCUGACAUUAUUGAACAGCUUGUGGAAUUUGCUUAUACUGCAAGAAUCUCAGUUAACAGCAAUAAUGUCCAGUCUUUACUGGAUGCAGCAAACCAAUAUCAGAUUGAACCCGUGAAAAAGAUGUGUGUGGACUUUUUAAAAGAGCAAGUUGAUGCUUCCAAUUGUCUUGGUAUAAGUGUGUUAGCAGAAUGCCUAGACUGUCCAGAGCUGAAAGCCACUGCAGAUGACUUUAUCCAUCAGCAUUUCACUGAAGUUUACAAGACAGAUGAGUUUCUUCAGCUUGAUGUUAAACGUGUGACUCAUCUCUUGAACCAAGAUACGCUGACAGUGAGGGCAGAGGACCAGGUUUAUGAUGCAGCAGUCAGAUGGCUGAAGUACGAUGAGCCAAAUCGCCAGCCAUACAUGGUCGAUAUUCUUGCUAAAGUCCGAUUUCCUCUUAUAUCAAAGAACUUCUUGAGUAAAACAGUUCAGGCUGAACCACUUAUUCAGGAUAAUCCAGAAUGCCUUAAAAUGGUGAUCAGUGGGAUGCGAUACCAUCUGCUUUCCCCAGAAGACAGAGAAGAGUUAGUGGAAGGUACGCGGCCAAGAAGAAAAAAACACGAUUAUCGCAUUGCUCUGUUUGGAGGCUCACAGCCCCAGUCCUGCAGAUAUUUUAACCCAAAGGAUUACAGCUGGACAGACAUCCGAUGUCCCUUUGAAAAGCGCAGGGAUGCAGCUUGUGUCUUCUGGGACAACGUAGUUUAUAUUUUGGGUGGUUCCCAGCUCUUCCCUAUAAAGCGAAUGGACUGCUACAAUGUGGUGAAGGAUAGCUGGUAUUCCAAGCUAGGACCUCCAACACCUCGUGAUAGCCUUGCAGCCUGUGCUGCUGAGGGCAAAAUUUAUACAUCUGGUGGUUCAGAAGUGGGAAAUUCUGCACUGUAUUUAUUUGAGUGCUAUGACACACGAACAGAAAGCUGGCACACGAAGCCCAGCAUGCUGACUCAGCGAUGCAGCCAUGGAAUGGUAGAGGCAAAUGGUCUCAUUUAUGUAUGUGGAGGAAGCUUGGGAAACAAUGUUUCUGGAAGAGUCCUAAAUUCCUGUGAAGUUUAUAAUCCAGCCACUGAAACGUGGACUGAACUGUGUCCAAUGAUUGAAGCCAGGAAGAAUCAUGGGCUGGUGUUUGUAAAAGACAAAAUAUUUGCUGUGGGUGGACAAAAUGGCUCAGGUGGCCUUGAUAAUGUAGAAUAUUAUGAUAUCAAGAUGAAUGAAUGGAAGAUGGUGUCUCCAAUGCCAUGGAAAGGUGUAACCGUGAAGUGUGCUGCUGUGGGAUCUGUAGUCUAUGUCCUGGCUGGCUUUCAGGGUGUUGGUCGAUUAGGGCACAUUCUUGAAUACAAUACUGAGACAGACAAGUGGAUAGCCAACUCCAAAGUCCGUGCUUUCCCAGUGACAAGUUGUUUAAUUUGUGUUGUGGACACUUGUGGGGCAAAUGAAGAAACUUUAGAGACCUGAAGACAUGUAGGAGAUGCUGAAACAUUCUUCAAGGACUUGGGGAAAGAUGGCCAUUGGUUUUUUGCUUCCUUGUUUUAAUGAAUCUUGUUAAGUCGAGUUAACAGAAACUGAGAUGCAGUCUUUCAAGUUGUGUAUAUACAGCAUAUCAUAACAUCGAUUUUUGUCAUGCCCAUUUUCUUGUCUGUUUUAAGAGAUGGGAAUGUGUUUUGAGAAUCUACUUGCGUAGCUGAGUUCAUAUGGCAUCUUCCUUUAAAAGGAUUCUCUGUGUGGCCUUGUCCAAAAUGAGACCCAGUUCAGUUAUUUAAAAGAACUCAAAGCAUUUGAUGAAGAUAAGAUUUCUGGUUAGGCAACACUUUACCAUGCACAGUUGCAGGGAUUCUUCAUUUAAUAAAAGGUGAGUAAAUGCAGUGGGUCAUGAUAAAUGAGCAUAAGUUUUUCUCAUACCUAUCUGUACAAAUCUUACUAGAAUGCAAUGAAGAUUUUUCCUCAAGAAAGAGCAAGAACAGCAGCAUAAUAAAGAUUCCCAGGGUGGGGAUAGGUUUUACAUUCUCUAGAUAACUGCACUCCUCCAGUGACUUGUCCAUCACUUGCAUGACUGCAUAUCAAUUUUUAAAGUUAU